AUGCUCCUGUUUUUCCUAUUCUCCCUUGUUGCUUUUGUCGAAUGCCACAAAAAUCACAUUCCAAAAUUGUGCCGUGCUCAAGAAAAUGGCGUGACUUAUCACAAAAUCGCUGAAUUUUGCGCGGACCGUGGGUUGGCUGUAAACCAGGGACAUUUUGCGGAAAACUCAACAAUCCUUGAGAACAUGGAUUCAGAUAUGGACAUGGAUAAAUUGUGCAUCUCCAAAAAUAUGGCCUCAAAUCAAGACUCUGCAAAAUUGAGCAAACUCCAAUAUUUGUGCGACCCACAUUAUUUUCACCUGCUUUUGAGAACUGCCAGCGAUUUUGCAGUGGAUUUUCCAAAAUAUACAACUAUCAAUUUUGUUGACAACUUUGUGUAAGUCUUGUAUUUUUUUGAGAGAAAAAAACGUUAAUCAGAAAACUUUUUAUAGGUCAAGAAUGUGGGAUUUACCAAAAGUGGAACAAAAACAAAUCCUGAACACACAUUUUCGACACAAUCAGGAUGAACUGGAGGACCUUCUGACAAUUCUUCAAAUUUUGUAA